UGUCAAGCCGGUACAGGCCGGAACUGGUGAAGAGAAUGCAGGAGAGUAAGUGCUUCCGGUGCGAUGAGAUAGGACACUGGAGUUGGGACUGCCCUUUUCCUGCUGGCCAUGUCAAGAAACCCACCACCUCAUUCUCAUCAUCCGGUAACCGCCAAACCAUCUUUUGCCGCUGUGGCCAUGGCCCUUGCGUCGUUUCAACGCACUCUAGUGGAAGGAACUUCUAUGCUUGCCCCAUCACAAGGGGCAAAGCAUGUGGAGGAUAUAAGAAGCGUAUUGAGUGGUGUGAUGAUGGUAUUGAGGAGAGUUACAAGGAGCCUCCACCGGAUAAGUACCCUGAGUGUGAUUGCGGAGCUGGUGUCUGUAGAAAGGUCGAGGAUCCGGAUGUCCAUAAAUACUAUUUUGCUUGCCCUGUUCCACGGGGCCAUGGAGCAUGUGAUUACAUAGUGUGGGAGGAUGAACUACUUGAUAACAAAGUCACAGUUCCAAUCCAGCAAAUCAGUCAAAACCAUGAUUAUGAGUUGGGUAAGGGAAGUGAUUUGGUUGCGGACGGUUCCAAAGAGAUGAGAGUGCUGCAAAAUUCAGAGUGUCCCUUAUUGAUGGUUUUAUCUGAUGAGCAUGAUGAGAGGGAUAAUGCAGUGGAAGAGCCAAACGGAGACCCUUCAAGUUUUGUUGAUUUUCCGGAAUUUGAGGAUGCUGACGUGGAUUAUCUUCAAGAAAUUGUAAACUCGGGGGAAUGGGAUGCUGUUGAAAAGAAAGCACUGCAAUCGUUUAGUUGGUCAACUACUUCAAAGAUCGGUUUUCAGCAAGUUUUUUUCAGAAAUAACGGUUUUUCAGAUGCAGGUCGUUGUUCAAUGGGCUGGCUAGGUUACCUUAUUUUUCUCCAUCCCUCCCGGAGCUUGGAGUUCCCCACACCUCGGCCAUUCUUUUGUUGCAUUUUCCCAUCCUUUGAUAAGAUUAUCACUCCUAAAGAAGCAAUAAUUGUCAAUAAUUCCCGCAAAUACUUCAAUGAGCACGUCCAACUUUCUUCAAACGGUUGCGGCCGUUAUGAAACUUGGAGAGAUUUUACCGGUGAUACCCUCACUGUGUCACAAGGCAGUGAAAGAAAACCAAUGUCAAAGGGCGAAAGGAAAAGGCAAAUGGUGUUAGUCGCACAGCAAGAGCUUCUCAGGGAUCUUGAGUCUCUACUAGAUCAGGAUGAUCAUGAAUCCAUGAGAGUGUGUGCAGAGGACACUUUUGCUCUAUUGGAUGACCUUUCUGUUGACUACAAAAAGUUUUCCGAACAUAUCUGGGAUUUCAUCGAUAACAUUUCGGCCGUUGUUGAUAUCAAGUCCAUGGAAAAUUGCCUAGUUGAGGAGUUAAGUCAAUGCAUCAAUAAGGAGAGAGAGAGGUUAGCUGAAAUCAAAGAAGAGUUCCUUGCGGCUGAAGCUUUGCUCAAAGAAUCUAACCAGAAUGAACAAAGGCUUCGUGAAGAAGUCUCGCGUCUUGAGGCCAUGCUCCAAGAGAAGCAGAACAAACUGAAGUCUUGUGAGUUGGAGAGAUUGGAGAUAGAGAUUCGUCUUGGAGACUUGAAGAAAAAAAUAACUGAGGUUGACACAACAUUGAAGGGUAGAGUUAAGGAAGCUGAAUUAGCAAGGAGGCACAAUGAAGAGAGACAAACAAAGAAAAUGGCAGCUAUGGUGGCUCUGGAGAAGGCCAAACGGGUAGUAGAAGAUUGAAUGCUAUGUAUGAACUAAACUUGUUAGGAGUGACGGACUCCGAAAUACAUGUAGUGGAGACCAAAGUAUGAUAAAAUGUUGUUUUAGAUUAUUGCUGAGUUUGGCCGGUGUAUAGCUCGUCCGUCGAUGAAUGUCUUCAAGCUUCUCGUCGGGAUGAGUUAUACGUCGGCAAGGAGAGAACAAGGGGGUGGGUAACUGCAAAAGACACUCCGACGCUCAAGUCAGUAAGUGUUUAAGAGGUAUAUAAUAAUUUUAUGAAUAUAGAAUGUAUUAUUGAAA